UAGAAACGUUCUUAAUAUGAAAUAAUUGUCUGUUUCAACAUUUAAUUGUUUUACUUUUCAAAGAAAAGAAGUUUCAUCAGAAACCUGAUCGUGGAUCAAUUACUUUCAUUCUCAUUACCGGUAGAAGUGAAUUUUGCUGUUUCAGUAAUUAUGAACGAAGAAACAGUCGGAUAAUUUGUAAAUGAUAAAUUGAGCGAGUCUGAAAUAGGCGUUUUACAGAAAAACAUGCUUAAACUACAGUAUUGUAUAGACUGGAGACCUCCACUGAAUAUUUGUAAGGACUUAGUUCAUAUUUUAAUUGGAAUUGUUGGAUUCAAAUAUACUCCUUUCAAGUAAAGAAACGCCUUACAAGAAGGUAUCCAUGAACGCUUAUAACGGAGGCCAUCAUGUUUAAAUUUUAAGAAUAUUUCAAUAAAAUCGCUUUUAUCAUGAUAUUCCUGAAAUUGUACUUGUAUAACGAAGAAAUUGUCUACUGACCCUCCGCUCUUUACCUGUUACAUUUGGUAGUUCAAUUUACUACCACACACACCGCACCCAUCAUCACAAUGGACUCGUUGACAAAAACGGAAUAUGUUACAGCGUUUCUGUCGAACUGUUCUCCGAAGGACAGCAUGUCCUUGUAUCGGCAGAGGUUGGAACAGGUUCGUUCAGACAACGACGUGUUGGGAUACUGGAUUCGUGAGCGCGCAGAGAUUGAAAAACAAUAUUCGGCGAAUCUGCAUAAACUAGCAAUGAAUAUGCAGAAUAUCAAUUCUCAGUCUAUGAGCUUUCAUGACGCGUGGAAGCAGUUGGAGGCGGAAACACUAGAAACUGCAAAAUAUCGUAACCAAAUGACGCAUCAAAUGAGUUCGCAAAUUUAUAAGCCUCUCUUAGAGUACUAUACCAGCUCUCCGCAAACUGCCUCAGCUCGGAAACUUGCCGAGCGUUUGACGAAUAUUGCUAAUGAGAUAUCGCCAAAUCAAGGAUUAAAGAAACUAUCAAAGGUUUCCAAAUCCGAUACCUUAAAUUCAAGAGCUAAUUGGGAUGCGGAAGCUCCUUUGGCUUUUGAAAAACUGGAAAACUUGGAUGAAGAACAUUUAUUAAUGCUUAAACAAGUAUAUUUAUCAAUCGCUAGCUUGCAAAGUGAUGCUUGUUCCUCACAUCAGGAUCUUUUUUCCAAAUCUAUGGAGGUUUAUAUGGAAUUACCCAUUGAAAAAGAGAUUAAAAAGUUUUCCGAAUCUGCUACGUUAUUUUCCGAACCUGCAUCAAAUACUGAAGCAGCAGGUUCGCCGCUAUCUUCCACCGACGACAAAGUUAAGGAACAUGGCGGGGAAAGUUCAUUGAAGAGUCGUGUGACGACCUUGUUCCGCCGGAAAACAGCUAAGAAAAGUAAUGCAUCGUCUCCGAAGUCUCCUCAUUCGAACAAGCUAAGUAAUCUCUUCAACAAACAGGGAAAGGAUUCUAACAAAGAAUCUAAAAGAUUGGUCUCAUCUCCUGGUACCAACAGUAGUGUUCCCUCUUUAUCCGAACAGUCUUAUGCAUCUUCAAUCGGUAGACCUGCGCAAGACUUUCAAGCAGACCAUGGGGCAUCGGAAGAUGAAAAUGAAGAUACCAUUCGACCGAAUAUGUCAGAUAGAAACCGAUUCAGUCCUUCACUAGAUCAACCUGAUUCAGGUGAACAGAAUAAUAUCUCACAAAAUCUCGAUGAAAACUUCCAGAACGCUGAACCUCAAACUAGUAAGGAACGGAUCAAGGAGAGCGGUACUCCAUUUUCUGAUCCGAGUGAUUUUAGUCCUGCCAUCCCAGUUCCUUCUUCGCCUUCAGCAAACUCGCCGACUUUGUCAACUAAAAACAAACAAGUAUCUGGAAACGACAAAGCUGCCAUUGACAGCGUUAGUGGCAGUCUUCGAAGGAACACCAGCUUGAGCAGAUAUCGUUCUAUGGGACGCUCAAAGACCUCAUCUUCAGCGGACCAAUUGAGCGACUUAAGUAGUUUGCCUAACCUUUCAACAUCAUCUCUACAGUCACUGGAUCAUCGAGAGCCAAUUCUUGGUUGGCUUCCGGAAUUACCGAAGGCUGCUGGUUUGUCUGCAGCCAUUAUAGAAACUUUCUCGGGUGAACUCACGGAUGCAGGAUUAUUACGUCCAUCUUGCUCUGGAACCGUUUAUUUGAAAUACGCAGCAAUUGUUGGUCAGUUGAGUAAAGUAGUCGGCGUUCGACUUGCUUCAAGUUUUCCAUUAGCUAUCAAAUUGCAGGAUGAAUACAGUGUUCACCCUUCUUCUUCUUAUGACUGUUUCCAAGUAUCCACGAGCAAGCUGGAAACACCUAAUCCUGCUUUAAAGUAUGACUUGCAGUUGGAUAGUGUGAAUGGUGCUCGUUGCAUUCCUUUGACUGUUGCUCAAAAGUGGAAACACGAAGAGACUGCCAGCAGUAUGAUUGCUUUUGUAAAGCCUAAUUUAGCAUGGAAGGAUAUUGGAAACACUCUUUUUAUCAAAAAACUCGUUAUGAGUGUAUAUUUGGGUGAAAACAUUAUAGUCAAAGGUUGUCAGAGUUCUCCUGCUGGAGAGUUUAGUAGGAAAACUAGUAAGCUCAAGCUUUCUUUUUCUGACAUUACGGUUCCUUCUUCCGGAUUCAAAGUGCUAGCUCGCUUUGAUGUUAGUCCAAGUGCCGCUGUUCGAAAACCGGUAGUUGGUUUGCAAUUUACAGUAAACCAUAAAUCAAAUAAUUCUGGUUUGGUAACGCUACUGGAACGACCUGAACUUGAGAGUCCUAGUUCAAGCCAUAGGUCUGUUCUGGAAAGUGCUUACGAAGAGAAGGAAGUUCCCACAUUUUACACCUCGCAAAUCCGUGAUUGUAUACUUUACGCAUAAUAAAGAAAUGCUUUCUCAUUUUUGUGUUCUUUUCAUACUUCGACUACUAGUCGUUUCUCUAGAUGUCUUUCUGUUGACCUUCGCUAAUGAACUUGAUGUGCUUGCUGUCAUUUCCAUAAAAGUUUUGCUUAGAGUAGUCAUUUCUUUAGUUUAUCUAUGUUUAUUUAUCAUUGUCUCUUAGUCUUUGUUUUUGUUUUUGAAUAACAUCUAUUCUUCUCAUUUUCUUCCUUUCCUA